CUGCGCUCUGCAACCCUCAUCUUUUAUCCCUCCACCCCUUCUCUAUAUCCUUCACGCUUUUUUGCUGGGCCCUCUCCUCUCCUUUUCCCCUGUCUUCCUCUUAUUUUCCUUUUCUCGCGCCUCCUUAUUAACCCGCCAUGCAAGCCUUUCGCCGUAGCACGGCCUCUGCCCUUCGCAAUGCUGGCUCUUUCCAGCGUCGCGGGUAUGCCACCGGCUCCUACGCUGAUACUAUUAAGAACCUCCGUAUUAACGGAGAUACCAAGGUGAUCUUCCAGGGUUUCACUGGAAAGCAAGGAACCUUCCACGCCGAACAAGCCAUUGCCUAUGGAACCAAGGUUGUUGGUGGUACCAACCCCAAGAAGGCUGGUACUACGCACCUCGACCGACCCGUCUUCGCCAACGUCGCGGAUGCCGUUAAGGAAACUGGUGCUACCGCUUCUGCUAUUUUCGUCCCUCCUCCCCUUGCUGCUGCGGGUAUUGAGGAAGCUAUCGCCGCGGAAGUUCCUCUGGUCGUUUGUAUCACCGAGGGUAUCCCUCAGCACGACAUGGUCCGUAUCACGGAUAUCCUGAAGACCCAGAACAAGACCCGCCUUGUCGGCCCUAACUGCCCCGGCAUCAUCGCUCCCGGUCAAUGCAAGAUCGGUAUCAUGCCCGGCUUCAUCCACAAGCGUGGUCGCGUCGGUAUCGUCUCUCGUUCCGGUACCCUCACCUACGAGGCUGUGAACCAGACCACCCAGGCAGGACUUGGCCAGUCCCUCGUCGUUGGUAUUGGAGGUGACCCCUUCUCUGGUACCAACUUCAUUGACUGCCUGCGCAUCUUCCUUGAGGAUGAGGAGACCGACGGUAUCAUCAUGAUUGGUGAGAUCGGUGGUAGCGCUGAGGAGGAUGCUGCCGAGUUCCUCAAGACCAACAACAAGUACAACAAGCCCGCUGUUGGCUUCAUUGCUGGUAUCAGCGCUCCCCCCGGCCGUCGCAUGGGUCACGCCGGUGCCAUCGUCAGCGGUGGCAAGGGUGGCGCUGACUCCAAGAUCGCUGCUCUCGAAGCCGCCGGUGUUGUUGUGGAACGCAGCCCUGCCGCUCUCGGCAAGUCCCUGCUUGCUGAGUUUGUGAAGCGCGACCUGGUUUAAAAUUUAAGUACGAGCGAACCCUUUGAUUUUUGCAGCACGGGUGGGCGUCAUGCAGAUUACCCGCUUGAACCCUUGGGGAAUCAUGCGAGUCUGAUGCUAGGGAGCAUCGGCGCCCAGAUUGGUUUCUCCCUGACUCUGCUAGAUUCCCACUUCUGUUGUAAAUCGUCUUGGCCCUUAUUGUAUUUUCCCCUUACCGUUAUAUUUCUUUUUCUUAUGUUUAGAGAUGCUAGGAAGUAAUUAGGUUCCACAUGUAAAUUUUAAGGCUUUAUAUCUUUUCCUGUACCUGUUCCAGAUAAGGAUUUGUCAGGGACUAUAAUUUGGAGUCCAGUUUAUCGAUUAUAUUGGCGUGCACCUGGAAACUGUACCCAGUUGGCUAUGGAUGUAUAUAUAUAUGAGGCAUUUGUAACGGUAUAGCAGGUGAUAAUGGAGAACCAAU